AGGAACUCAGUCGUCGACAAUUUAAUAUUAAUUAUUAAAAUUUUAAACAAAGAGAUUAAUAUCCUUGACAGUUAAUCUUAUUUAGAAUAUACCUUUAAUACAUCAUGUCGAGUUCCAAGAAUUGUAAAACUUUGGACCUUCUUCCUUCUUCUUGUUCUCUACCAAUGAAAAGUUCGAUCCCAUGCCCUAUAAUUUGUUGUACUCCACCUGUGAGCUAUCCUUGCAUGCCUCGCAUUUCCCGUGUUCAAUGUAAAAUAGCUUGUCAGCAGCAGUGUGUACCAAAACCUACUAAAGCAGUGGUUUAUCUGCCACCCUGUCCAAACUGUCCUAUGUCUUCUCCACCGAAAAUGGAAAUAACGUAUUUACCACCACCACCUCCGCCUGCCUUCUUUUACGUUUGCACAAAAAGCAUCCCCUGCACGCCUUGUCCACCACCAAUCUCAUGUAGUUCGCCCUGUAAACCUCCUGCGCUGUGCCGUCAGUUUAUUAUCAUACUUUCCUUUAUUAGAAUUUAUUGCUAAGAUUAAUGUGAGUUUCUUGUUUUACAGUAUCUUGUUCUCCCUGCUAAGUGAAGGCGUUCUAAUUGGCAAUUCUGACUGGACAAUAAUUAUGCAACUGCAUGCAAAGUAUGCAUCACAGUUUACAUAAGAGACAAAAGAUACAGCUAAAUAACAUGCCCAAAAUUUUAAACUAUUAAGUUCAAAUAAUAUGUUUAUAAAAAUAAAUUGAAUUGAAGUCGGUUGCAUUCUCUUAUGGUUUAUCAUCU